GAAUCGCGUUUUCAUUGAUUUCCUUUGUCUUCGCGGGUCCUUUGGCCGAAACGUAUUUUUCUCCCCACCCCAUUUCCUCAUUCGUACAAACUACAAACAAACAUCGCUCUCUCUUUCUCUAAUCUAAUGCUCAGCGCAUAAACGAUGACAAAACUCGCUUUCCUCUUCUGAGUAAUUAGUGUUUGGUGUUUCUCUCGAACCGAGUCGAACAUGUCUAGUUUUGUGGGCGUUCUUGUUUCUGAUCAAUGGCUACAGAGCCAGUUCACUCAAGUCGAACUUCGAACCCUCAAAUCCAAGUAUGUAUCGGAGAGGACUCAAUCAGGACAUGUUACUGUCGGAAACUUGCCCUCCAUUUUUAAGAAAUUGAAGCCUUUCGCUGAGCUGUUCACCGAGGAUGAGAUUAAGGAUAUUUUGGCAGAGUCAUAUCAGGACGUGGGUGAAGAAAUUGAUUUUGAAUCCUUUUUGAGGGCACAUUUAAAUCUACAAGCCCGAGCAACGGCAAAAGAUGGUGGUUCAAAAAGUUCUUCUUCAUUUUUGAAGGCAGCAACAACAACUGUUCAUCAUGCUAUUAAUGAAUCUGAGAAAGCUUCUUAUGUUGCGCAUAUUAACAGCUACUUGGCUGAAGAUAAAUUCAUGAGUCAGUUUCUUCCGAUUGAUCCAUCAACUGAUGCUUUGUUUGAUCUUGCAAAAGAUGGAGUCCUUCUCUGCAAGCUUAUUAAUGUUGCUGUUCCUGGGACCAUAGAUGACCGAGCUAUUAACACUAAACGGGUUCUUAAUCCAUGGGAAAGGAAUGAGAACCACACCCUUGGCCUCAAUUCAGCCAAGGCAAUUGGGUGCACAGUGGUUAAUAUCGGUACACAGGAUUUAGUUGAAGGAAGACCACAUCUGGUACUUGGUCUGAUUUCACAAAUAAUCAAGAUUCAAUUGUUAGCUGAUCUCAAUCUGAAGAAAACUCCUCAACUUGUGGAAUUAGUGGAAGACGACAAGGAUGUGGAGGAGCUUAUCAGUUUACCACCUGAAAAGGUUUUACUGAAAUGGAUGAACUUCCACCUGAAGAAAGCUGGAUAUGAGAAACAAGUUACCAACUUCUCUUCUGACGUAAAGGAUGGAGAGGCUUAUGCUUACUUGCUUAAUGCUCUUGCCCCAGAAGUUGCAGGCCCAGCCCUAGCCACAAGUGAUCCAACAGAACGGGCAAGCAUGGUUCUUGAGCAGGCAGAGAAAUUAGAUUGCAAGAGAUACCUCACUCCAAAGGACAUAGUGGAGGGGUCACCUAAUCUUAAUCUUGCAUUUGUUGCUCAAAUUUUCCAGCAUAGGAAUGGCCUUACAGUUGACAGCAAGAAAAUGUGCUUUGCUGAGAUGAUGACUGAUGAUGUUCAGACAUCUCGGGAAGAAAGAUGCUUCAGACUGUGGAUUAACAGUCUUGGAAUUGCCACUUAUGUCAAUAAUGUUUUUGAGGAUGUCAGAAAUGGAUGGGUUCUAUUAGAAGUUCUUGAUAAGGUUUCAGCUGGAUCUGUCAAUUGGAAGCUGGCAACAAAGCCCCCUAUAAAGAUGCCGUUUCGAAAAGUUGAGAACUGCAACCAAGUUAUAAAGAUUGGGAAGGACCUCAACUUUUCCUUGGUAAAUGUUGCUGGUAAUGAUAUUGUACAAGGAAAUAAGAAGCUCUUGUUGGCAUUUUUGUGGCAGCUGAUGAGGUUUACUAUGCUUCAACUUCUGAAAAACUUGAGAUCACACUCCCAAGGUAAAGAGAUUACUGAUGCUGAUAUUCUGAACUGGGCAAACAAUAAAGUGAAGAGAGCAGGAAGAACUUCCCAAAUGGAGAGUUUCAAGGAUAAGAAUCUUUCUAAUGGCGUUUUCUUCCUUGAGCUUUUGAGUUCUGUGGAGCCAAGGGUCGUCAAUUGGAGUCUCGUUACUAAAGGGGAGACUGAUGAAGAUAAGAAGCUGAAUGCAACAUAUAUAAUCAGUGUUGCCCGAAAACUAGGGUGUUCCAUUUUCCUGUUACCUGAGGACAUAAUAGAGGUCAACCAGAAGAUGAUACUUAUUUUAACUGCUAGCAUCAUGUAUUGGAGCCUGCAGAAACCUGAAGAACAUGUCACCUCUGAAGCAUCGCCUGUAUCUGCAGUAGAAGGUGAAAACGAAGCAGAGGUAAUUAACGACGAGGUAGCCAAUUUGACCAUUGAUGAUACUGCUUCCGAGAAUGCCAGCUCUUCUUAAGUCGGUAAUGUGGAAAUCUCUGCUGACAUUAAAAAGCAUGCAGCCUGUUAAAGGUUGAAAUAAUCUACUCCCAACAGAGAAUGAAUAUGGGCAAAAGAACUAAUUUUGUUUUAUAGAACAAAAGAUGCCAACCUCUUGGUUCCCGGUUAGAAAGGAAGCUUAUUUUUUAUGAAAAACCACAGAUGAUAGAAGGAUCUGUAAAUUCUUCAUUUAGAAUUUUUUUGUACUUAGGCAUAUUCUUUGAUGAAAAUUGCAUACAAAUUUUCCCAAUAAUAAUAUGGGAGGAAGGCGUUGUUUUAUUUUCGUCUCAUUGCCAAGAUUACUCUUAGUGCGUGCAUGAUACGGGUUGAACUGGAUGAACAGAACUCGUGAUUAUCAUGCACUUCAGUUUAGAAUGUAUCUUCUAUUUCAGGUCUUGGAUUCAGAUAUAAUACAGUCCUGCUAUGAUAAUUGGAGACGAUUUCCUCUU